AUGUGCUUUACUGCGAUUAUGUAUACUGGGGCAAUGGUCAGCAUCAAUGAAGUGGGAUGGGUCAAUAGCCAGCCAGAGGUUCAUGCUGAGAAUUUAACCCCACAUGCGCAAGAGCUACUGAUAUGGGGGAAUAAAAUGUGCUUUGCCAUGGAGCAAUUCUGCACUGCGACAACCUGGCUAGUCAAAUGCUGCCUCUUGAUAAUCUACAGCCGAUUAACGCGACUAUUGAACGAGCAUAUCGUGGUCCAGAUACUUGCAGUAUACGUUGGAGUCUCCUAUAUAUUGAUCGAAAUACUGCUCUGCGCCGUCUGGUGUCGACCGAUUGAACGAUAUUGGUCCCCAGCUGUGAUCGACGAUUUCCAAUGUUCCACUUACUUCAACCACAUGAUUGUGUCCGCAGUUUUCAAUAUUUCUUCUGACUUGAUAAUGCUGUGCAUCCCAUUACCCCUGUUCAUUCGAUCCCGCUCCGCCUGGGAAAGAAAAUUGCUGUGUGUGGCGUGUUUGGUCUUGGGUUUAUUGUUCCUGAGCACUCUCGGUUCCAUGGUCUUCAUGAGAUGGUAUGCGGCUGAGUUAUCCACCGCAGUCUACGUCGCCAAUCUCCCAUUAAUGUGGCCACUCAUCCGUGUGGUCUUCCAUUUACAACCCCCAGAAUACUCCAACUACCCGGAGCCACUACGUACUGCACCUCUGCGCGGGCGAACAGCAAUCCGAAACGUUACGACAUUUACGACAUUCACGACACACCAGGGCAGCUCUGGCGAGUCCAUCAUGCGCGUUUCAGAAGGCCACUUGCACAGCCCGACAGAUGCAAAUGAGUUAUCCUGGGCCACUCUGGAAGAUAGGGGCUAUCGGCCCGCACUCAACGCCGAUGUGGAAUCGAAUCAACGACAACAGCGGUUAGAGGAUAUUACAGUGCGAAGAACGGUGGAGGUCACUUAUCAAUAA